AUGGACAGAAGAUAUUCCUAGAUUGAUUAACUAUAAGGAUAAGGAAACAAUGCUUUUAAGCUAAUAAAUGAUCUUUAGAGAAGAAUGAGCGUCAAUAUGAAUGCCAAGAAUGUUGUUAAUGUCUAUAAGAUGAGUUAGGAAUAUUUAUGUGGUCUAUGCUAAGGAAUACUAGUAGAUCCUAUGCAAUGUAAAAAAUGUAAAAACAAUUUUCACCGCGCGUGUCUGGCUUUAUUUUGCAAAGAAACAGGUAAGUGCCCAAUGAAUUGUGUUAAGCCCAAAUUUUUGCCUUUAAAAAAUGAGAAAAUGAGCAAACAAGUAUAAGAACUAAAGUUCAGAUGUACAAACUUUAGUUAAGGGUGUAGAGAAUUGAUAAGCUAUGAAGAUGCUCCAGAUCAUGACGCAAACUGCUUUUAUGCUACAGUUAAAUGUGAAGCAUUUGUCUAUUGCAAAGCGAAACAGUUGAGAAAAGACUAUGAUACUCAUGUCAAGCUGUGCCCUUUUGUUGAAAUUCAAUGCACUUUUUGUUUAGCAAUGAUGUAAAGACAAAGAAUGAAAAAUCAUUUAGACAACUAUUGUGAUGGGUUUUAAGAAUGCUUGACUUGCCAACAAAGAAUAUCCCUUAGUGAGUAUUAAAAUAAUGAGCAUUCUUGUUUUAAGACUCUUCUAAUGACUUUAAAUAAACUAGUAGAUGAUAAAAAUGAAGCAUCGGAAUGCAUCCAUGUAGAAGUUCAGAAGAAAAACUAAUAGAUCAGAAAGAUUUUUGAAUCCUAACAGCAGAGUAUGGGGCAACUCGAUAAUUUGAUAUAAGUCUUAGAGUAUGAUAAAAGCAAAUAAAACAAGCAUUUAGGUUAAGAUCCAGAAAGCAGACUAAAGCAAAACAUGCUUCUUUUAAAUAGAAAAGAAAUUUUUCGAAUCAAUUAUAACUCAGAUCAACUUAUAGUUAAUCCUAUAGAUUUGAAGGAGGAAUAGCUAAAAUUUAAAAAUCUCAUUGAGAAUUUAAAGUAUAAAACAAUAGAUCAUAUGAACUUUCUUAAUUCUGAAUGGAAUAUUUACAAAAAUGGCAUAUUUGUAAAGGAAUUUGAAAAUCACUGUGCUUUUAAAUACAAACUAAAAAUAAAUAAUAGUAUUGAUUAAAUAGCAGAGAGUCUUAUUGAUCCAUUAUAGCAAGAAAAAUUUAAUAUCAACUUAAAAAGAAUAGAGAUAAUCUAGGAUUUUCCUAAUUACACCUAACUUGUACAUUUGGAGUCUAAAGGAUAGUACUUUAUUGCACCUAGAGAAUAUUUAUAUAUCCAAAGAGUCCAAAAAGUAAGCUGCUAUGAAAUAUGGGUGAUGUCAGAAAGUAUUGAUGAUAAUUUUGAAAUAGUACAAGAGAAAUUUGGAGUUAGAAGGGGCAAAAUAAUUAGAGAAGGAUGGAGAUUGAAGCAUAAAUACCAAAAUUAGUCAAAGUGCACUUAUUACAGUCAAUGUGAUUUAGGAAUUUCUAAGGCUCUUCAGAAGCAAAUGUUCUACAAGGUAAUUGAAUAGAUUCAAAAUUUCAAGGAAUAUAUGGCUAAUUAAAAUUGA